CUAAUAACUUGACUCUUUAUAGUUUGUUAGGCAGAGACAGAUAUUACAAAAUGAAACUGUUGGUUCUGUUUUCUUUCUUUGCGUGUGUUGCUUUAGCGGCUGCGCAAACCCCUUGCGUGUCUCCGGGUGUCUUCGAAGCAAAAGCAUAUGCGUUCGACCACCACGAACGUAACUUUGUGAUUGGAAAAAUCUCUUAUGAUGAAAAUCAAGAACGGGUUCGUCUAGUUGACGCGGAGUACGAAAACAGCAACUUGGGCCAAUAUGAUACUCUUUACGCUUUCAAAGAAAAAACACAAUACCGUGUUGACAUGAAGACAAAAGAAUGUACGAAAUCCCCACUGACGGGCGACUAUUUUCCUUUUGGAAUCUUCCCUAAAUCAACAUACACUGGAAGUUUUAUCCUUGGAUCUUUGAGUGGACCCGGAACCGGAGUCAUUGUUCAAGAGUGGUAUUACAAGAACGCAGAUGGAGGCGUUUGGGUUCAGCUGUAUACAGAGCACGGUUGCUUACCGAUCCAGGCAAUAUUUAUUGGACAUGACUCUGCUGGGGAAGAAAUCGACUACCAUUAUGAGUACAUGGAUGUGACUCUUGGCGUGCAAGACCCUGCUGUAUUCGACGUCCCGAAAGAAUGCUUGUAAAAUUUUAAAUAAAUCUUACAAUUGCUCGACAUGCAUUAAUUGCGUUGAUGCGUCAUUAGUAAUUCCUAUACCCAAAUGAAAUAAAUUCAAACCAAAAAACUUAA